UUCGCUCUGGACGCGCGGGACGCAAAUCCCUAGGGCCUCCCAGAUUUACGCUCGUUCGUGUUUAUUCUCGUUCUGUCACAGUCUCCUUCUCUCCCCCCAGACUCCUAACAAGACAAGACGAUCCUCCCCGGUGACACGCUCUUUCAUUCAUCCCCCCCGCCCCCCCACACUCGCGCGCACGCACACACACACACACACACACACACUCGCGCGCACACACGCUCACACACCGACCCAGACAGCCCACCGCACUUUCCAGACCCCACCUCCUGCACACUCCCCUCCCCUAAAAGACAUCCACCCACUCACCAGCUGUAGCCUCUUCCGCCCCCCGCCCUCCCGCCCGGCUCCCCCUCCCCAAGAAGCCGACCCUCGCUCGGGGAGGCAGGGACCCCCGGCAGACGCGCGGCUCGGCGCGCCGCACUGACCUCCGCCCGCCCUGCGCGCGGAUUAACAAAGGCAAGCCCCAGCCGCAAAACCGGGCGCGGAGAGCCGGCCGCGGGGCUGAGCCUGAGCCCGGCGGCGGAGCGCGCGGCGCCGGCGCUUCUCAAGUCCACGGCCGCGUCGCCGGAGCUCGCAGAUCCCUUCCCAACGGUGCUGCCGGGACGCGGGCCACGCCAUGGGCUGCUGCACGGGGCGCUGCUCGCUCGUGUGUCUCUGCGCGCUGCAGCUGCUUUCAGCCUUGGAGAGGCAGAUCUUCGACUUCCUCGGCUUCCAGUGGGCACCCAUUCUUGGAAAUUUCCUUCAUAUAAUAGUUGUCAUAUUGGGUUUGUUUGGAACCAUUCAGUAUAGACCUCGUUAUAUCAUGGUGUAUACAGUGUGGACUGCCCUCUGGGUCACCUGGAAUGCGUUCAUCAUCUGCUUUUAUUUGGAAGUAGGUGGCCUCUCUAAGGACACAGACCUGAUGACGUUCAACAUCUCUGUACAUCGGUCAUGGUGGAGGGAACAUGGACCUGGCUGUGUCCGGAGAGUGCUGCCCCCAUCAGCCCACGACAUGGUGGAUGACUACACGUAUGUCUCAGUCACAGGUUGUGUGGUCGAUUUCCAGUACCUAGAAGUCAUCCACAGUGCUGUACAAAUACUGCUAUCUCUGGUUGGUUUUGUGUACGCCUGUUAUGUGAUCAGCGUUUCCAUGGACGAAGAAGACACCUUUGAUUUCAUGGGUGGACCAGACGCGCACCCGCACUGCCAGGAUCAUGUUGCAUUAAAGCCUGUUAAACCUGUCGAAAUAAGUAAUGACAUGGACUCUGAAAUGCGGCUUCUGGACUUGAGUUAGGGAACAAAAGCACCAUUGGCCUCUGGCUCUGGGUAUCCGACAGACCACCUUCCUCCUGGACAGCAGGACUGCGACCCCUGCCGCCCAGCCAACGCGAUGCUGCGAGGACUUCGGUCUCCGCUGUGUAAUGUUAGCGUUGUUUGCUAGAUGCGUCCCGGGUGCUUGGGUGGGUCUUUUCUCAGUCAUCUUCUUAUAUGAGCCCUUGUAAAUUGUAAAAUAAUAAGAAUAAGUUUUAAUUUUUUUCUUAAUUUAACUUGAGGCAUGCAAAAUGAAAAGAAAAAAAAUCUGUGAAAAUCUUCUCCAAGUAAUUUCUAAGGAGUGAUGUCGAGCUGUGACAUCCAGGCUGCGGGCCCUUGAACCGUGCUGGCCUAAUGGAUUUGUGUGAGCUGACUUUGCCUGUGGGCAUGAGACCCAAGGGUAGACUUGUGGCCGAAUGCACAAAAACUGAAUCCAACUUUCAAAGGGAGCAUGGAUCACUGGAUGAACAGCACCAGACACAGACAAAAAACAUGGAGUCCUUUGUUCUGAGUUUCUGAAGCCUCCACAACAAUAUUAUGGCAAUCUAAAUUUUCAGAUUCAUGCAUAUCUUGUUCUUGAAAUAUUCUGAGACACAUAGAUUUGUAUAUUGUUGAGUACAAAAAGAAAGAAAUGAUGAGUGGAGGCCCCUACCCCUGUGCAGGGAGCCUGGCUGUCUCUGAGGGUCAUAUUUUCUGCUCUUUGUUUCACUCCCAACACUGAUGUCAGACCUAAAACAUACAGCUCAAGGGCUGUGGGAUAGAAAUCACAGCCAUAAAUCUGUAGCCAGGAACUUUAGCAUAUUCAAUGGGAACAUUCAAAUGCUUUGAAAUUCUCUACAGAAAUCUGUAAUGAAAAUAUUUAUGUUUGAACUACAUCAUUUUUUCUUCCCCCUCCCCCAAUCCUAAUAACCAAGAAAAUUAUGUGGAAAACCUAAUUUUCUAAGGAGAGAGGGAAGGUUCAUAUUGAAAAAAGCUAUCACAAUUGCGGGGCUUUUUAAAUUAAAGAAAAUAUACAUAUAGUGAAACACAUUUAUUCUAAGGGUACAGUGUGACUAGUUCUGAGAAAUGCGCACACUGAGUGGCCAAUGCUUCAAGGGAAAAGCAGAACAUGUCUGACACUUCAGGAAACUUCCUGAGGGCCCCUUUCCGUCAGUCACCAUGAGGCCAUUGACCCGCAAUACGUACCGCUCUGUAACCUGCAGUGUGCUUGACUUAGUCCGACAUUUAAAUGUUAGUUUCAUCUGGAUUUGUCACAUGGCCAAGUGGAUGCAUAAAAUCUGACUUGGUUCUCACCGCUGAGGUGUAACUGCAUCUCUAACUGUCUGCUUGUCUCAUGUGCGUGUUGUUCUGUCCCUCCAUUAGACCCAUGUGAAAAUCCAUUUUGCUUCUUUCUCACAUGUGAAAAUGAAGCAUUCCCUUCAUCAAGGUUCUGUCUGCUCCUAUUUGUUCCAGUGGUGGUCCAGUGUGGCUCAUGAGUGUCUAAACCACUGGAAUUGGUACAAAUUCGUGUAUGUUUGUGGAGAAUGUAUUGCAAUCACCUCUGCCCUAAUGCUUCUAAGUUCAUGUCCCUGCGCUGUGUCUUUUCAGUGACCUGACACUAACUCUCACUGAGUUUUAUCCUUCAGAAUAAAGGUAGAUUCUAAAUAAAGGAGCUUCUUGGAACCCGAAAGGCGGUGCCACCAAGCUCCCGUUCUGCACUGUGGGAGAGGGUGUGGCAGAGAGUGGAAGAAUGACACACACCAAUGUCUUGUCUCUGAACCACCUUGCAGUUAUGGCCAACCUGGCCCCAGGCUGUGCCCCCUUUUGAGUGGCUGACUUACCCUUCCCUGUGGCCCUCCUGCUACAUUAUGUGGUAACACAGGAAGCUGAGGUGCCACCAUUUUAUUCAUUGGAACUUCCAAUCAUGUUUCAAAGCCAGCAAAAGUUAGGCAGAAGAAGGAUGAAAGGAUUAGAGCUCUCUCUGACAAAAUGUUCUCAGCAUACAACAGUCCACAUCAGAGAAAAACUGAAAGAGUGUGUCUCCAGGGAUCUCAGCCUCCCUUCCACCUCCUCACAAAGGCAGAGAAUGUAUCUCUGAAACAAAAACAUGUCUCCACCCUUCUCCAAACUUGAAUGUAGCUGGCUCGAUUGUUCAGAAGCCAACUUGACACCUGGUUCUAGCAAAAUCUUGACCCAUUUUCUUAUUUCUUCUAAAAAAAAAAACAAGCCUUGCUGAUCCCAUAGACCUAAAUAAACUAUCUUUCAAUAGCUGAACCCAACAAGAUAUGGCAAGGUGGCUAUCUACCUGUUUCAUCCAAUGAACAACCCACUCCUGAUAAGAGAAAUUUGUCUCCAUUGGAAUCACGUACGCUGACUGUGAAGCUGAGGGAAAACAUCCUGACUGCUAAACUGGAGAGCAAAUGAUAACCAAAAUUGUACCUUUUGUCUCUGGAAAUGAGAAUCCUGCCAAGUUAAACAGAGCUUCAUUUUGUCUCACCAUGGAAAACGUUCUGGAGUGAUUUUUAUCACUUGUGAGUCACUUUAAUAAGGAAUUUGGAAAAACUUUGCAGUUUGUUUAGAAUUCAGCUGUUCUGACUUGUUUUAGAUCAAGACAGUAUCUGCUUUCUUUCAAGGGUGGAUGAAUAAAGUAGGAAAAACCACCAAUAACUGAUGUGUUAUGUAGACUGGCCACGGGCAGAUACAACCAAGCCUAAGACAGGCAUUUAUAUUUUAAAGAACUAACUCCAUGGCAUUAAUAGGUUAGUGAACUAGCCCAAAACUGUGAACAAAGCUGCUGCCUAAUGAAAUGAUACAAAAGUUGGAUCUUUGGAAGUAGCCGUUAGAAUAGCAUUGCCAUGUUCCCAAGACCUGGCUUCUCCAGCCUCUGCACUGACACCCACCAGCGAGAGGACCUAGAAGCCGCCUGCGGUGGCCCCGGUUCAGUGACUGUUAAACCCCUGGCAUCUUGUUGAGCUCAGAUAUGCCCACCUAUCUUUUAAAGACUCAAGAACCUUAAAUUUCUGAGCUUUAAAAAAAUAUUCUUUCAAUAUGUGAAUAGCCUGUAACAUUUUGAAGUCAAGGAGUCUUUUAAAGUGUCUGGAAGUUAACUUUAAAUAUUUAUUAUAAAUAAGACGGUAAAUUAAGAAUGUUUUGUCCAAAAACAACACUAAUGAAAAAACAUUACUCCUUGUGUGACUAAAUAGUGUGCCACUCAGAAAGGAAGUGGGUAAAUUUUACAUAUUAGAAGAAUGUACUUAUAGAUUAAAAAAUACAUAUAUUCUGAAAAGUGAAGAACUAGAAACAUUCACAUUUUUUGUAAGUAGAACCUCUUUUCUUCUUGAAGAAAGUUUAGAGAAAAAUGCCAGUUCUACAAGGUGAAUAAAUCCUCUUAAGUACUGGGAUUUGGGGGUAGGUGCCCAUGAUGAAUUAAUCAUUUUCUUUGAACUUGCAUUCAUAUAAAGGACAUGAAUCCUAUUAAAUGCUAAAUGCUUUAAAAAUGAAAUAGUCAAAGAAUCCAAAUGUGCUUUAGCUUGAACCAGAGAUAUAAGUUCAAAGAAGAAAAGUAGAGAGGAAAAAGAACAAAAAAGGAAGAGCUGCGUGAGAAAUACAAUGAAAGAAUCAAAACUGAAAGUUACCUCAUUUUGAUUUGAACAAUGCCAAUUUUGUUUGUUUGGUCAAAUGGCUUCAUUUGUUUUAACUAAGUGAAAACACUGAAUUAUUUUCCACUGGCAGAAUACCUCCCCCUUCCUCUUCAGAGUUGCUAAGAAACCAGUUUGAAGAAAUUGAUAGUCGAGGUGGUUUUCCUCAUAGUCUCUGCUUUUAUAGACAACCACAUCAGUCUACUUUAGGAUGAAGUUGAACCACAAAUGACCAUUACCAUCACCAACACUAACAACAGAAAGACAGCAGCUUACCUAAGAUAGGUGUCUAUUCCUCUUCAUAUUCCACAGUUCUGGAGACAUCAGCAGAGAUCAGCAUGUGAGCCUCCUAGGGAUCUUGACCUGUUAUUGCUUCAUUCUUUGUGGCUACUGUUCUCAGGUCAUAAGAACAUUCAAAAUGACUGCAAAAGUUUAUGUCUUUGGCUUUUAGUUCCAGCCAAAGACAGGGAAAAGGCAGAAAGAAUUAUUUCUUUCAUUUGAGGACAAGUCUCAGAAGUUGACUUAUAGUAUUUCUACUUAGAUCAUUUGCUGAAGUUUGGUCUACCCUAAACUUUGCUGCAAAGAAAGCUGGGCAUGAGAAACUAUAUUUUAGAUGAUAUUGUACCCAUAUAAAACUACAGAUAGUGAACAUAUAUGGAAGAACAUUGAGUGGACCCUUCUAUACCCUUCAAGAGUACCAUCUUGUUGAAAUGGAGGUCUUAAUUUUUUAAUUGUUACAGAUUAUGCAAAAAUGAGACAUAUACUUUCCAGUUUUGUGAAAAAUGUCAUCAUCAGUCCCAUGAAAUAAAAAUGUCUGGUUCUUGCUACCUAUCUGGCCUUUAUGGUCGGAGUGAACACCUGAUGUAUGAAACUAUAUCGUCCCAUAUUUCCUCAACUCUGCAGAAUGCAUUUUGACUUUCUUACUCUUGGAAAUGACCCUAAGUUGAGGAGACAGUUCAAUACAGGGCUCAGUCUGCACGUAACAGUACCGACAAGUUAAUCCUUCCACUGUAAAACAGUCGAACUCUGCUACACAGAUCUUUUGAGAUGAUCAAUAAGGUCUUUGUUUUAUUGCUAUUUUAUUCAACAAGUACCUAGAGUAUAUAGUGCUUAGGAAAGUGGGUCAAGACAGAUAACUUAGAACAUGUGAUCUUUUGUACAGCUUUGUCGUGUUCCUGAUUUUAGUGGAAUUGCUUUGAGUGAUCUUUUGUAUUCUGUUAUUUUUCUCUCUGCUAAAAUUGAGCUCAGCCAAGCAUGCUAGCACAGGCCUAUAACCUCUACUGCAUGGGAGGCUGAGGCUGAGUGAACAUGAACAUAAAUUCAAGAGCAGCCUAGGCAGCUUAGUGAGAGUCUAUCCCAAAAGGUAAAAGAAGAAGAGGAAGAAAAGAAAGAGGGGAAAGAACAGGGAGAGAGAUGAAAAAGAGAAAGAGGAGGAGAAAGAAAUCAUUGCUAUUGAAGGUUAAAGUUUAAAGGCAGGAGAAUCACUUCAGUGGUGGAACACAUGACUAUCACUGAACCCAAAAUGCUAGAUUCAGUUAUCAGCCAUAGGAGAAUUAAAAUGGGAAAAAAAAGUGCAUUUUUUUUAAGUUGGCCUCCCUCUCUUCACAUUUUUCUUUAAAAAAAUAAAAAAUAAAAAACACAUUAUUCUUGAGAAACUUAGGAUUGAGGAAAAUUAUAAAAAAGGUUUUAUCAUCAGACUUUAUUGUACCUUCUUCCCAGACUAUAUGUUUCAGGUACUGCUUAUUCCGCAAUACUCUAGGAAGUGAUUUCAGUAACUGAAAAGUGCUGGUCAUAUUCUCUCUAGACAUAAAAUGCCUCCAAGUCCAGCUAACAUAACUGAUAAUUUCAAAAUGAUUACGUGAGCUGCACAUGAGUAUCAAAUAUCUGCAGUCUAGCACUCAGGACCUGGGGUAGGAGAGAUGUUUGGACCCAGAAGUAUAAGGCCAGCCUGAGCAUCAAGACAUCAUUAAUGUGUGUGUGUGUGUGUGUGUGUGUGUAAGCAAGAGGGACUGGAAAAAAAUGGAUUAUGGGUUUAGUGUGUACUGCUUGCCUGAAGCUCUUGCAAAGGACCCAAGUUAAGUUCCCAGCAUCUGCAUUGGGCAGCUCACAAUUGCCUAUAAUUCUAGUUCCAUGGGAUCUGAUUCCCUCUUUUGGCCUUUGCAGGCACUGGUUUGUGCAAACACUCACAAGAGUAUGCUUUUCUUUUGAAAGCUAAAAUCAUAGCACUGGAAAGACCUGUUGUGUCUCCUUAUGUCCAGGAGGAAGUUGCUGAGGAGGAAAUUGACCAUAGCUUCCCCACUGUCCUAUCAUAUCUGUGAAUCAGUCUAGCCUGUUUCCUUUUCUAUACAGCCCCUACUGACGAGGCUUUUAUUGGCCGGCUGUUCUGUGGUGACAUUUGCUGCAGGUCUGCAUUGCCCUGGGUGUUCAGGUUGCAGGCCACCUGCAGGAAGAUGAACCCUGCUGGACUGCUCUGCAUCAUCUGCCUCUGCUUUCUUCUCAGCAGAGUCACUAGCCAGAGGACAUUUGUAUUCUGAUGGAUUUUUGUUUUGUUUUGUUUUUUGUUUUGUUGCUUGCUUGCUUCCUUGCUUGACUUCAGUUUGUCUUCUCUGGGUGUAGAGAAAUUUUAAUCUAGCAACAUGGCUUCUCUGAUUACAUCCAAAGACCUUCUAGGUCUGUGUGAUCCCACUGAAUACAGACAUGCCUUAGUACACACCUUUAAUCACAAACAAAAAAGGCAAAAUUAGUCUGUAGAAGAAAGCAUCCAUGUUUGAAAGUGAUGUCUAAUUAAGAGGCAGACAAAGUGAUGAAACAGAGAAAGAUUUGACUGAAUGAGUUAGAGAUAGGAUGUGCCUAACUCUCACAAGAAGAGAAAGUAAAGAAAAGCUAAUAGAGAGAGCAACAAAGGGAGAGAGGGGGAAGUCAGUUUUAUCAGGACAGUUUUACAGGUUGUAGAGAGAACAAACUAAACACAGGUGAAGACAAAUGAACCAUAGAAUGAGGAGGAGCCAGAAAAUUAGAACAGAUUGCUAGAGUUAGUUUGAGGCCAAACAGAGCAAUUCAGUCAAAAGUGAGAAAAGCCAGUUUAAAUCAUUUAGCUUGGCAAGAAGUUUGAGUUAGAACAUCUGAGUUGAACCAGCCAGCCAGAGUUCAGAAAAGAGCUAUAAAGGGUAAGGUUAAUUAGCAAGUAAGUCUCAGAGAAUGAAAACAUACUAUGCCUGUAUUAGAUUGUAUGGAAGCUAGAAGCUUCCAUUACUAGGCCUAGGUUAACAUAAGGAGGCAGUAAGCCUCAGAGACAGCAAUUACUUCAGGCGAAUAAGUUACUUUUGCAUCUGGCAUAGUCAGAUAGAAAUGCUCUGGGCUCAGCCCAAGCCAUGUAUUGGUAAAGCUUGGGUAUAGUUCUCAUCCCCUCCCCAGCCCCUCAUUAGACAAAAUGAAGGUUGCGUUUACAUCAGGGAAAAUGAGAAAUCCCAGACCACAGGUCACUGCCUUUUGCUUUCCACAAGACAGACUUCACUGCACCUGCUUUGUUCACUUGUAGCUUAAACACAAAUUUGUGUGGUCUGAACAACCUGGACACUAUGUUUUACCAGCCAGCACACAGAUGGCUUACUUCCAACUGUUGGAUGACAGGUCCUGGGGAAGUGAAUGUGGUAAUAAAUUGCUUAAAGUCACUUUACUUUUACUACUUUACAGUUUCAUCCUUCUUAAGCCUCCAUGCUCAAAGGGGAUCAUUCUGUUUUCUUUCUGGCAUCUGAAAUCUAUUCUUAACUAAAAGUAUACUCACUGACUGCAGUUUUACUGAGUAGUUUAUGAAGACCACCUGCAGUCUCAUAUACAAGCCAGAGCCCAAUAACCACAAUUACUAAUACUGAAUUCAGGUAUUGAUAAUAGAAACAGGUAUUGUUAUGAAUAUUAACCAGCUUUCCAGUUCCUUCACUAAUACCUGCAUUGGGUCAUAUAAACUUUUCUUCAUACUGCCUGGGAUUUUAUUACUAUAAACUGUCAUUUUUAAAUCCAUUUACUCAUCCAAUAUGUACAGGUAUCUAUUUGGUUUCUAUACCUUUUCAUCUUUAUCAUAUUUUAGAAGUCCACCACUCCCUGGGCUUGGUGAUUUAGGCAAAGUAUAAUAUGUGGAGUAGGACAGUAAAUAUCUUUGUUUGUUUGAGGCAAGGGUCUCAAUAUACAUCCCUUAAUGGCAUGGACCUCACAGUAACUCACCCACCUGCCUCUGCCUCCUGAGUGCCGGGAUUAAAGGCAGGUGCCACAAGGGCCCAGCCUGCAAGCUAAGCAUCGUUAAGACUAGAAUUCAGGGCAAGCUUGCCUUGUGGCUUACUUAACUCAUUUCUAAAGGACAAGCAGAACUCAUUAGUUUGUUUUAUUGUCUUUAAACCACAAGCUUACUUAAUGGAUUUUGAACAUCAUUUGGUGACUGUUAGAUUUUUUAAUAACAAAGAAAUAUAUUGAUGACAGACAUCAAACUACCUGAAAUAGAGAUCAAAAUCCCUCCAUUGGCUGUGAAGGGGCUGCAAGUCCUGCUGUGACUCAACCCUUGACAAAGCAAGGGUUUGUCAAGGGUUUGGGCAGUGGUGUCAGUAGGCUGCAGGUUUGUCUCCUUAUUUCUCAUUUGUCUCAGUGCCCAUGGCCAUCUACCUUCCUUGAUUUCCUCCAUGUAAACCUUGCAUUUCCAUAUCCGUAACUAAGGAGCUGCAUAAAAAUUACACACAACCUUUAAGCAAACGGAGUUUACUUAAAAUCGAAGUUCUGCAGAUCUGAGCUGUCACAUGAUGGAUGAUGCUACAGGCCCAGAGUAUUAUUAGCAGCAGCACUAAUGGUAGUAAAGCAGGCCUCGUUUUCUUUUAAAGAUGGAGCUGUUACAUCUUCUUCAUUUCACAUUACUCAAGGGAAUUGUGGGUGCGAAUACUUCAAAACACUUCCACGUCCUCCAGGGAAAACCCUGAAGUGAAGAGAAGUAGAAUUACUAUCCACAUCAGUUCCUAGAGCAAAAUGCCUAACAUAGAAUAACGAAGCAUUUCCUCAUCCUCUCCUAAUAACUUAUAGGUGAGAGUUGCCAGCGAGAGCCCCUGGGCUGGAAACAAUGAGGAAUUUCUGACUUUGUAGGCUUUUCUGAGACUUCUUACAUGUGACAAGAGCCCCGCUGCCUAGCAACCUCCUGCAUACACAGCAGAACCAAGGAAACAGACAAAAAAGUCUCUGCCAUUCCCUGUAGGGUUUUUUUGUUUUGUUUUGUUUUAUAUUCCACAUUCUGAAACUCUCGAGUUCUCUUCAUAGGGAAGCUCUCCAACCUAGUAUUUCUUGUUCUUGAUUAAAACACAACUUGAAUUCAUCUUAGUAAAAUAAUUUUUCAAGCACACAACAGACUAGGAGCAGGAAAGAAAAGGUAGCUAUUGCAUAAAAUAUGCAAAAUACUGGUGACCAACUAAAACACUGUCUCUGAAAGAGCAUAUGGAGAAAGCUUAAAUAAGAACCUAAAUAACUGGUGUAUGGACACGUGUGAGGUAAGGAAAAAAAUGCUGUAACAUGGUCUAUAGGCAAUAGUGCAUAGCUAUACAAAACAGUGAUUUAUUCCUGUUAUAAUAAAUCCAGAUGUUAGUGAAAAUCAUGUCCGUGUGAAGUAAGAAUGGGUACUCCUUAGGUCUCCUCCACUGGCCUUACAAUUAUAAUCAUUAUUACUUUUACCUGAAUGAGAUGCACUACUUUUAGCUGAUGGUAAUUUUUUCCCUGAUGAUCACACAGACCUUCAUUGUCUAUGCUUCUUAAAUGUGGCAUUGCUGAGGGCAGCGUGAUAUGCCUAUGGUAUGGGGCCUUGUUUUCAUCAGCAUCUCUGAUACAGUUAGGGUAAGGUAAGUUUUACUUGGUCAGACUCCUCUGUAAAAAUGACUAAACUAAAGACACUAAGCAUAAAGUUCAAAGCAUACUUCAUACCUCAGAAAUCUCCUAUACACGCCCCCUAUGGGAUCCACAGCAUGGUAAGAAGCUAUCUGAGAUGGAGCAGGAUUUGAUUUUCAAGAUUUAGUUUUCUAAGAUGAGUUUCUGAGAAUUAUCCCCUUUGACAUCAGCCUUUGACAUCACCUGUUCACUCUGUGAUGUUCAAGACACUGAGAUCUGAGCCAUCUGUUUAUCUGAGCAUGUGUGUGCCACAUUUGAAAAUGGGUGCCCUAUCACUCAGUACCAGACAGACAAAUCCGAGAACCAGUCAACCGUAUCACACAAGCCAAAAAUCAGCCCAUCACAUUUCUGAGCUCUCGGUGAGGUAGGCCAUUCUUCAGACCCUGCCAGUCUAAACAACUAUGCUUGCCUAACCUGUGUGAUGAUCUGGGAGUGCAGCCACAGGGCUUGUGUGAUUGGGUAUGAGAGAAACCCGGCAGAGACCCGAUGUGUAGCAGUGCUCAGAGUGUCCCCAGGGAACCCUGAUACACUUAGAGUUUCAUACAUUGCUCUGCUGUUGUUUCUGAUAACGUGGAUAAAUAUUAGUGCUAUCAUUGAAUGAAGAUAGUGAUAUUGAAAUGGCAAGAAUGACUCUAAAUGCCUUGGACAAUAGAAUGAGUUUGUUAUCCCCUUUGUAACACCAGCUCUGACAUCUUAUGGAAAGGAGUGGAGGCACCCAGAGCAUCUUGAUCCAUGUCUGCUAGUAAAAUGACAGGUCACAGCAACUUCUGUCUAUGUUCAGCUGCUCUGAACCCGUCAACAUUUUUACCAACAGAAAUAUUUGUUUAAAAAAUCAGUCUUUAAUAAGUCUCAGAUUGUUUGCUGUCCAAGAUGUCCCUCACACUCGGCACUGGAACUCUGGGUUAAUAAACCUCAAGUGAUAUUUUGUAUUAAUAUGAGUUUCUACUGUCACGUAACACUGUGAAGCGACUUCACUGUAUAUUAGAGUCUUUUUCUAUCACUUCUUGAGCUACCAGGUGAAUUAAAUGAAAAUAACUGAACUCAGUUAAGAACUUCCCUGUAUUUGGUAGCCUGUGGGAAAAUGAAUCUUUUUUUCUUACAUAUACUGUUAACAGGACUUGUUUUCACAAUAUUACUUUUCACAUUUUUGAUUAUACAUGUAUAUUCUAUAGUCAUCAGAAUGUGUCUUUAAUAGAAAAUACAUACAUUUUUAUGUCUCUCUGAACUUUUGAUUCUGAAUAAGUUUAUAAGUUAUAUGUAAUAAACUAUUAUUUUCAACCAUGAAUAAAAGUGUACACAGAAAUAAAAG